CCAACUCCUCUCAAGUCCUCAGCUCCACUCCAAUCCCCACUCCACCAUGACCGGCUCUUGCUGUGACUCCUGCUGUGGCUCCUGCUCCUCCCAAAGCUGCGGAGGCUGCUGCCAGCCCUGCUGCUGCCAGCCCUGCUGCUUCCGCGACCCCUGCUGCUGCCGCCCAGUGUCCUGCCAGACCACCGUGUGCCGCCCAGUGACCUGUGUGCCCCGCUACACGCGCACCAUCUGUGAGCCCACCGGCCGCCCCAUCUGCUGCGACCCCUGUGGCCUGCAGGAAGGCUGCUGCCGCCCCAUCACCUGCUGCCCAACGUCCUGCACGUCCGUGGUCUGCAGACCCUGCUGCUGGGCCUCCACCAACUGCCAGAUCAUCAGUGUGCAGGCGCCCUGCUGCCGCCCCCACUGCUGCCAGCCUGCGCCCUGCCGCACCAUCUGCAGGACCUCCAGCUGCAACCCCUGCUGCAACUCCUGCUGCUGAGCUGCCCAACACAUAACGUCAACAGGUGUGAAGAAAAAUGCACCAACUCUCGCCACUCCUGCAGGAUCAGAGGAGAGAUGCAGCCUUCCCAACCAUCUGUUCUUCAACCCCUAGCUCAACAGUAACUGCCUAGUUUCCUACAUAAUUAUGCAGCAAAUCCUGGCCCUCUUCACAAGCUUUGGAAAAAUCUCAGCUGUCAACAUUUGAAUUCCUGGAUAUUUUUUUAAAAAUGCAUAAACAAAGAUCAAAGUUUCUCUUGAAUGAAGCUCUAACCCACUGACUCAUCAUCUUUUUUCCACUAUCUCAAGGGUCUCAGAUGGGGUAUUGUUUUUUUCCAGGAUAUUAUUUUUAUGCUGUGAAUUUUGCAUGGUUCAAAAUAAAUAAAAUUUUAUUUCUGGGGAAGCAAA